GCGCGCUGCAGCAGCAGUACUAUGGCUGAUGGGGCAACGUCGGGCCUCCCCUCCGACGAAGUGCCACACAGCAUCUACGGCAAGGAAAAUCCGGGCUACGGCUACGGCUACGGCUCCGCACUCGUGGCGCCAUGAUGGCGCGGCGGAGGGGGGACCGAGGCGCCUGCUGAGGUACGCGCGUGUGGAACAAUGUGGAAUGCUGCAUGGACCAGGAAGAGGAAGGCGAGGAGGGCGAGGAGGGCGAGGAGGGCGAGGAGGACGGCGAGGAUCGCGGAUCCAUCUCCACCUCCAUCUCCAUCCCCCCUACGGGCGAGGAGGACGCCGCGCCGGCCCCGAGGGAAGCAAGCGCCCGCGCCCCGCACCUCCGACCGCCCUCACCUCCCCGACGCGGCGUCGGCCGCGGGAGCGGUGGGGCGCCCGCCCAGCGGCGCCGCGCCGCCCAGCGGCGGCUCUUGGCAGCGAGCCGCCUCCUCUUGCUCUCGGACCACUCGUUGAAGAAGGCGUCGAACUUCAAGUCCUUCUGCUCGAACGACGCCGACUUCGGCGCGUCGUCGUCGCUGUCCUCCUUCUCGCCGGGCUGUCUCCUGGGCCGCCCAGGCCUCUUCAUGGUGGGGCAGUGGCCACCAGCGAGGCCUGGCCUGAUCCAGCCACAUGUGCGCGGCUGAUCGGGCUUGUAGCUCGGCUUCAUGUUCUGCUGACGGAACUUCUCCUCCACGAUGAAGCCCCCUUCCUUGAAGCGGCACAGGUGCUUCGAGCUCCCGAACGUCAUGUCGAUGACGUCGGGGUCAGCGUCCACGACCUUCCACGAGCCCUCGCACCAGCCGGUAAGCAGGACGCCGUUAUCCUUCAGCUCCACCCAACCAUUCUUCUUCUGGCCAUCGUGCGCCCAUGCGAACACGGUAAUCAGCCUCCUUGCACAUCGCCGCCCAUUUCGGGGCACUCGCCAGCAAAUCCGCCACCGUCGGCAUCGCCCCCGCCCCCAGCACUCGGCCUGGCGCCGAGGGGGGCCCACGGGGGCUCAGGCGCGGCAAGCCCGGGCCGAGACUUGAGCGGGCGCUUCGUCGCCU